CCGUGGACUCGGUCUGUCUGCAGAGAGUCUCCGGUAUGGGCAGGCGCCUCACUCUUCAACUUUUUAACGGAGAUUUUUUUUUUACCACCGUUACGUUACGUUUGACACGGUUUAUAUCACCCGAAAAUGGAUUUGUGAAUGGAAUAACCCGAAAGUGAGUCCGCCGUGAGUGUGUUCGACCGUUUGAUUCAUUAUUUUUUGUUGUUCGAGUUGUUGAAGGAAGAGGGGAAAAUGCCAGUUGCAACUCUUCUGCCUUUUACCGCGACCCCGAAUCGGAAGUCUGCCAGCCCGACCUCUUUCAGGUUGACAGAGAAAUUUAUUUUGUUAUUAGUGUUUAGCGCUUUUAUAACCCUGUGUUUCGGGGCCAUUUUCUUCCUCCCGGACUCGUCCAAGCUGCUUAGCGGAGUUUUCUUUCAUUCUUCCGCGGUGGAGACCAACACCCGCACCGGUCCGGACAGCAGCGACCCGGGUUCGGCUGGAAACGACGAGAGGGUCCUGGCCAAAAUAAAAAAAGACCACGAAAAAGCUCUGUUAGAGGCCAAGGAUACUCUACAAAAACGGCCCGACGAGAUAAAACAAGACAUUUUAAACGACAAGGAUAAAGUUGCGAAGGAGAGUCUGGGUCAAGGUGGGAACGAUGUCAAUAAAUUACCUUUCGUUGAGUACCAUCGCCCGCCCGGAGCGACUGGACACGAGCCCGAGGACCCCGAAGCCAAGGACAGACGGGCUAAGAUCAAAGAGAUGAUGAAACAUGCGUGGGGCAGCUACAGGCGCUACGCUUGGGGUUCCAAUGAGCUCCGGCCCGUCUCCAAGCAAGGCCACUCCAGCAAUCUAUUUGGCAGUAUAAAAGGAGCGACAAUAGUGGACGCUCUGGAUACCCUCUACAUCAUGGAGAUGUUUGAGGAGUUUGAUGCUGCCACUGACUGGAUAGAGAAGAACCUCGACUUUAAUGUGAAUGCAGAAGUGUCUGUGUUUGAGGUGAACAUCCGGUUCGUUGGAGGUCUGCUGUCCGCCUACUACCUGUCUGGGAAAGAGGUAUACCGGAGGAAAGCGGUGGAGCUCGGUGAAAAGCUGCUGCCAGCCUUCAAAACGCCCACCGGCAUCCCCUGGGCUCUGCUUAACCUCAAGAGUGGUAUUGGCAGAAACUGGCCCUGGGCUUCAGGCGGCAGCAGCAUCCUGGCAGAGUAUGGCACCCUGCAUCUGGAGUUCAUGCACCUCAGCAAACUCUCAGGGAAUCCUGACUUUGCACAGAAGGUGAUGAACAUCCGGAAAGUACUGAAUCGCCUGGACAAACCACAGGGGCUGUACCCCAACUACCUGAACCCCAACAGCGGCCAGUGGGGCCAACAUCACGUGUCCGUGGGGGGCCUCGGUGACAGUUUCUAUGAGUACCUGCUCAAGGCCUGGCUGAUGUCUGACAAGACUGACGAAGAAGGCAAGAAGAUGUAUUAUGAUGCCCUGCAGGCGAUAGAGACCAACCUGAUGAGGAAGUCGAGCAGCGGGCUGACCUACAUAGCGGAGUGGAAGGGGGGGCUGCUGGAGCAUAAGAUGGGUCACCUGACCUGCUUCGCAGGAGGCAUGAUCGCUCUGGGUGCUGACGGGGCGCCCGGCGACAAGACGGGCCACCAGAUGGAGCAGGCUGCCGAGAUCGCCCGGACCUGUCACGAGUCUUACGCCAGAACCGCUUUGAAGCUGGGACCAGAAGCCUUUCGUUUUGACGGUGGAGUUGAGGCCAUCGCCACCCGCCAGAACGAGAAAUACUUCAUCCUCCGCCCCGAGGUCAUAGAGACCUACAUGUACAUGUGGAGGUUCACCCACGACCCCAAAUACAGGGAGUGGGGCUGGGAGGCCGUUCAGGCUCUAGAGCAGCACUGUAAAGUAGAAGGAGGCUACAGCGGCGUCAGAGACGUGUACGCUUCAACCCCCAACCACGACGACGUGCAGCAGAGCUUCUACUUGGCCGAGACGCUCAAGUAUCUCUACCUGCUCUUCUCCGACGACGACCACCUACCGUUCGACCACUGGGUCUUCAACACCGAGGCUCACCCUCUGCCCGUCAUCAGGAAGGAAAAGACAGACAUCCCCAACGAAGUGGAGUAGUGGACCCAAAACGAGUGCGAGAACCUCUGAUCCUGUAUGCCUGAGCCUCCAGCUGUCUGUCUGACAACAGUUUAGCCAUUUGGAGUCCCCAAAGGUUACAGGUGCCUCUUGAUUGGGAUUUCACCUUUUUUUUUUUUUUUAUAAAUUGGAUCAACAAUCAGAAAAACAGAAAUCAAGCCUGAAUUCUUGCUGUAGAAUCCAGUUUAGUUUUUGCUUCUGUUGUCGCUGACCUGAACCAACAUAUUUACUGCCGGAUCACGUAAUAACUCAAGAGAGGGAUACCAGACCGGUGUUGUGAGUCGUUAACAUGCUCCCAUUGUGACAGCGGUACUCUGGCGAUGUCUUUACAUUACGUGGCAGUUUCUUUCACUUGUAGUUGUUUUUAAACUCAUCCAAAGGGGCGCUCGGACCAGGUAUCACAUUACACGUCGGUGAUUUUAUUGUUAGUAGCUACGGCUUUUUGUGAAGGCGAACACUGCCGGAUCGGAAACCAGUCGUCUCCCCGACGUGGAUAUUUUGGACCUGAGCUUUGGGCGCCAAAACCCCCGAAAGACUGCGGCUCUCGUCCGAGGAUUACAAGGCCGGCCGAGUAAAGGGACGCUUCUUUUUCCUUCUGCUGUAAUGCUUCAGUAUCUAGACGAGCACCGGUUUCCCAGCGCCAAAGCUGGUGCCCAACACCUCCACCUGCAGCACCACCCGACCUCCACCGUCUUUAGAGAGGCAAUAUGUGUUUCCUAGAAACAUAUUGUUGUCUCUGUGGAGGUCAAGGCGGAACGCAGCAGGGCCCGAGCUCCUUUUCAUAAAGCCGCUGAACUUUAAAAGACCUCUGCUUCUCUCCCUCAUUACCUUGUUCUUCCUCCUGAGUGGGUGACACAGAACGUCGAGCCACGCUAGCGCUGGUUUCUCCCCCCCAACGUUUACACAAAGCUGUCGCUGUCCUUCAGCUCAUCUCGUCUUUGGCUCAUCUAUUUCUUCGUCGGGCUUUUUAGAUCCUGGAUUUUAUUCUCUUCCUCACAUUUGCAACCGGUAUUUCUAGGGAUUGAUCUAAAUCCAUUGUUGGGGUUUUACAGUUUCCUCUGCGGUAUUUAAUUCGUUGCUAUAAAAACAACCCAGUCAGAGAUUACAGGGAAAGUAAAAUACGACAUUGAUCUAAAAAUACAAAAGACAAAUCUGACCUCCAGGUCCACUUGUAUUGCUUUUCUCAGCUGUGAUGGAGCAUGAAGAUGGUUCGACUGGAAGAUAGCAAGUGUUUAAUAUUUUCUUUUUUUUGUCUUUUUUCCACUUUAUUUUUUGGGCUAAAUUCUAUGCCAAGAAUAAACAUCACGCCGAUUGAAAUUAAGAAGUUUAAUGUUGAUUCUCCACAAGAAUUCUCCUCUGCAAAUGUUAAUAUCCCUAAACUUGUCUGAGUAAACACUGAAAGUUUCGACCUUGCUCAUCAGCAAAGCCGCUCGCCGCUUCAUCCUGUCUCCGCCCUCCAGCCUGUAGGAUCUUCUCUCCUCUAUGAGGAGACACUCGACUUCGUUGGUACGAGAAGCCACACUGAUUCUAAACAGCUUCACCUUUCUGUCGUUGAAGCGGUUGCUCCCCCCUUGUGUUCUUCCUGUCGUACAUUUUCAUCACGGUUGCGAGCUCGUCCAAGUCGGUUAUUGAGUUGGGUUUUUAUGGCACAGAUUUCUCCUGAUGCCACAGAGAACUGUAGCCGGAUAAAACCCUGUUUAGUCUUCAAUCGAGUGCCUUCACUGAACAAGGAGCCGGAGGGAAAAGCAGCUCACACAAACACAAAAGAUUUUAGUUUUAAAUAGAGCUUCAAGUAAAGUCCCCCUGCCUCAGAUUAAGGAUCGUACCAAAACUAGACACUGAUUGAAGAAGAACUUCUGUUUUUUUCAUUUGAUAUUUAAUGUAAUUUUGGCUUGAAAGUAGCCCAAGAGUCCAUCUAAAAUAAUAUCAUAAUUAAAUAGUAAUUAUUUGAUUUCUCCCGAGACCAACGUCUGUCAGGAACGUCAUUAAAUGGUUUGAGACCAACAGUCACUUCCUGGACUACACUGACAUCUAGUGGUGAGAUAUUCCUACUACAGUCCACAUGGGACCUGGGCUGAGACAUGUUGGUGGGAACCGCAUGUAUAUCAGUGACUAACUAUUGCAUCAUGUUCUUGACUUCCCAGAGUGUUGAAAAAAGGGUUGAAUCCCUCAAUCCAUGUAUACAAAUCUGCAAUCUUGGUUCUGUAAAAAAUGGUCUGUCGGGUUCCUUUUUGCAGGCUUAAAGACAUUUCGCCCACGUACCAUAAGAGCAAAUGUUUUAAAUCUAACAAAACGUUUACUUCUACCUGUUUGUAAUUAUUCAGUAAAAGGCUCAGCCGACCCAUGGAGAGACCAACAGACAUCAGUCUUUCCCUUCCACUUCAAUAGAGUUUGGAGAUUCUGAGCUGUGAGGAAAUCCCUCCGUACAGACGGCGGUGUCCCCGUGUUUAAUCUGGGUUUUUGUUUAGAUGCUUUAGAUGCAUUUAUUAUCUGUGUUAUGUUGUCUUGGAACGGUUGAUUUUUGCUAUUUUAUUCCGUUGUAGUCAACUCGGACUUGGUGGGUUUUGGAGCUGACCCCUAGGUGGCGCUGUGGGUUCACUGGUUCAAGACUAGACCCGUUACUUUUUUUGUUGCAAUUGCACAUUUAUUCACCAAAAGGACAUCCUGAACUGAUGUUGGUAAAGAACUUAAAGGUCCUAUAGGUCUUGCAUUUCUUUAACAUAAAUGACGUUAAGUUACCACAAUGGUCCCAUCAUAAUUAUAUAUAUAUAUAUAUAUAUAUAUAUAUAUAUAUAUAUAUAUAUAUAUAUAUAUAUAUAUAUAUAUAUAUAUAUAUAUAUAUAUAUAAAACCCACGCUAUUGAAUUGUAGGUGUUAAAAAAUGCAACACCUGGUACCGGUAAAGGGAAACAUGUGGUUUGAUGCCAGAAAGAAGGACCUGACCUGGGAGUCAAACAAACAGCAUUACGGGAGGAUAGAAAUUGUUUGAAUGUACCAUCCAAUGUGAAGUGAAGAAUGUUUUGUAUGCAUUUAUCUUUUUUGUCUUCCUGUGCUUAUUUUUUCCCUUUUUUAUUUUUCUUCUUCAUCUUGGAAAGCACAACAAGGGGAGAAACGUCUUUAGUUUCAGCAGAGACGACAUGCCGUUAAUGUGGAGACGAUCCAAAUCUGCCACAUGAGGCGAAUUCGGACACGACGGAGGCACAUUUUACAUUUCAUUGUUUUCAUUUCCGACACGUAAACAUGGACAUACAGGAAUAUUCAAGUUCAACCCAUAUCUGUUGGAGUGCUGGAGGCUUCCUAUCCGGCAAAUUGAAAAAAUGAACCGUAGCUCAAAAAAAUCAUCCAAAUCGGGUUAUCAAUUAGCCUUUUAAGUCGGAUGUUGGAAAGUCCCAUUACUCCCGUGUGGUUUCGUGGUCCAGCCGGGAAGUAAAAUAAUGAAAUGAUAGAUAGUUAGACAGCUGCUGCAGUUUAUGCCCCUUUAAUGGUGAUGGAGAAGUAUAUAUAUAUAUAUAUAUAUAUAUAUAUAUAUAUAUAUAUAUAUAUAUAUAUAUAUUUAAGGCCACAUAGAGGUGUUGAUGAAUCGUCGACCUGCAUUUGAUUGAAGUUCAACCUUCAUUUAUAAUCUUCCAAAGAUUGUAAUGGAGGGGGUUCUAUUUGUUGUUGUUUUCCUACACAAAGAAUAAUAGAGCAUAGAUUUGUUGGACCACUUCGGGGAUUAUAAAGAUGUAAAAGUAACUGUGUUGACUUGCAAACCCUCUAUUUUGGAACCACGCUGGCUUAGACAACGUCUUUCUUGUGAUGUGGACUUAAAGUCCUGAUGGGGGUCGGAGUCUUGAGGCUGUUUACUCCCGGAGGAGCUGGUUUGGUGGUUGUUGUCGCUCGCGUGACACUGAUGAGGUCGUUUCUCCACCUGAAUAGAAAGGACAUGCACAAUGUACUUGUGAGCCGUCGGUGUGAGAUCUGCUUUAGCUUCACGGGGUGCGACGUCGGGGAUCUGUUCAUUUCCAUAUGCAGAGUUUUAUUUAAUUUCUUUCCAACAAGGUUUAAUUAUUUUUGGUGAUUUUCUGAAUAUUGUGUUGAUCAACUGUUGCGUUCCAAUGCCGGUUUAUUGGUGAAUAUUAAAGGGGAAUGCCAACUGUUCUCAUGAACACAGGUCGGUCUGUGAAAAUGAAAUCAUAACUGUUCGUCAUGGUGUGCGACCACUAAACAUGACUUGUUUUUUAAUGGUUGGCGUUGCCCUUUAAAGGUUUGUGUGAGACCAACCUCAGAGAAGUUUCUGUACAAAAUAUUGCUGAUAAUCAUUCCAUUGCACAUAGUUUACUUUGCGUUCAUAUGCAAUAUCUUAAUUUUGUGGGGAAAUCUGUUUUAUUGUGUUAAUAUUAUUGAAAAAAAUGUAAAUAUUCCAUUCCGGCAAAUGGGCCGUUCUACAUUUAUAUAUAUAAAAAAAAGAAUCUUCUGAGUUUAUGGAUUAAAAUAUUAAUAAGCAGCAGACUUUUUAAUAAACUAUAUUUGUUACACUUCUAUUGUGAAUAAAAUAAUCUUUUAAUA